UCUUGAAUUCUUUGAAUUCUUGGAUUUCGAUAUCAAUCACGUGUCUCCGGCUAAACUUUCUUAAUAUCUGGAGUUAAAUAGAUUAGAUGCCAAUUGUCCCUUGAGAAACAAGGGUAUUCUUUCACUAUUCAACGUCACUAUAAUAUUGUUCAUUCUUGGUUGCCAAUCACAGAUAUGGCUACUUCCAACAUAAAUGGUCAUGGCGACAGGCCUUCUCCAGCUGCAAGAUUUCCUACAGCUCCUUCAGUCAUGACGAUGAAUGGCAACUUUGCUUCAGUCGGCGAUGCGCCGACAAAAGAACAAUAUGAACAUGGCAUACAAGUUAUUGAUGAGCAGAAGGAAUUCAAGUACGCAAAUAUGGGAUGGUGUGGAAGAUCUGCCAUGGCUGACAGAAUUUUUAUAGUCCUAAUCUCAACGAGUAUCUCCAAUAUACCGAUACAGCACACUCUGGCUUUAACUAUCACCUUAUAUCAGUAUUUGGGUCACAAUCCACAGGAAAGUCUACCCUCCUUAAUCAUUUAUUUGGCACACAAUUUGGGGUGAUGUCCGAAAGGGAGAGGCGGCAGACUACAAAAGGAAUAUGGAUGUCAAAGAAUAAGAAUCAAAGCUCUGGAGCUUCUGAAUCUGAGACUAUGGCAGACAAUAUUUUAGUUAUGGAUGUUGAGGGAACAGAUGGUAGAGAGCGGGGCGAAGAUCAAGACUUUGAAAGAAAAAGUGCCCUUUUUGCUCUGGCUACCUCAGAGGUUCUCAUUGUAAAUAUAUGGGAACAUCAAGUAGGUUUAUAUCAGGGCGCAAAUAUGGGAUUACUCAAAACUGUAUUUGAAGUUAAUUGCCAACUAUUCUUAAAGGACAAGCAGUAGGUUUUCUCUUCUGGAGAUCAUUAACAAAUUUAGUAACACCCCACAGGUCUACCCCACGAUCCCUUCUAUUCUUCGUUAUUCGAGACCACCUUGGAACCACCCCACUAGCAAACCUCAAGGACACCCUUAUUCAGGAUUUAAGCGCUAUAUGGGCUUCUCUUUCGAAACCUGCCGGCCUUGAGAAUUCAAAGAUAGAAGAUUACUUCGACUUUGCAUUCGCAGCUUUACCACAUAAGAUCUUACAACCAGACAAGUUCGUUACGGAAGCGCAAAAGCUUGGUACACGAUUUAGAGCUGGCCGUAAAUCUACAAGGGCUGAAGAUGCUGGAUAUGAGGGAGGUGUCUUCUUGCCAGAGUAUCAUCGUAGAAUUCCAGCAGAUGGAUUUGCGGUAUACACAGAGGGUGUAUGGGAUCAAAUCGUGAAUAACAAAGAUUUGGACCUUCCUACUCAGCAAGAACUUUUAGCACAAUUUCGUUGCGACGAAAUCUCCCGAGAAGUUUUGGUCUCAUUCGACGCAAAGAUUCAUCCACUUGAAGAGCAGCAAGGUGAAGCUAUCAGAUCUGGCAAGCCUACUGUUAUUGCUGAUUUAGGUGUUACCGGUAAAACGGCUCGCACUAGUACCAUCAAGAAUUUUGAGGCACAAGCUAGCAGGUAUCACAAAGGCGUAUAUACUUUGAAGCGUACCGAGCUUGAAGGCAAGAUUGAUACGAGGUUAAAGUUAUUAUACCAUGGUCAGUUGAUCGCAGCUCAUAAGACCGGUGUUGCAUCGUUUAGCGAUGCCGUUUCCACUGCUGUGAAGAAUGGCCAGAAGAGGGCAGCUUCAUAUGAAUUCGCAGAUAUCGUGGAACGAGAAAAGGAGGUUGCACUUAAAACCUUCGAUGCAGAAGCGAAGAGCCUGUAUAUUGAGGAGUUAUCAUGGACUAAUUUUAGCUCUCAAUACGACCUUUUUGAAAAGGAUCUUAACGAAGUUAGCGGUAAUCUCAGGAAAGAAGAGAUGAGACGUCUUGCAACACGUGUUGAGCGAUGGGUGCGAUCACGAUUGAACGAUUCCAUUGGAGUUGAGUUCAACAAACUCGGUUCUGGAAGAGGAGGUAGUGGAGCCCCUGAGACAGGGGAAAAGCCUCCUACCGAGAAAGAUUUGUGGGAUAGAAUAUGGAAAACUUUCACUGGAACAGUCAAGGAAGCAGAGUCUAAAUUUAUCGAACGAGCAAAGAGUUUUGAUGCUAGUGAGGAUGAAAUCGAAGUUGGUCUAUGGCGUCUCAGGAGAAAGAGUUGGGGUGUUCUCCGAGCUAAAAUUGACGAAGAAGUCAUGGAAGGUAAUAUCCUUCUUAAACUCCGAGAGAACUUUGAGGACAAGUUUCGUUACGAUGAAGCGGGUGUUCCACGUAUUUGGCGACCUACUGAUGAUAUUGAGGGAAUUUAUACCAAGGCUAGAGAAUCAACUCUGACCCUGAUACCAUUAUUGGCCAAAUUCAAGCUCUUGGAAACAUCAUCACCUCCCGAGUUACCUGAAUGGAUUGGCAGCACUCCGGCUAGUGUUGAUCCUAAAGAUGAAGAAGAUCUUACACCUAUUGGUGGUGUGGAUGAAGAAGAAGGAAAGAGUCUUGAGGAAGAAAUGACAGUUCUUAGCGAGGCUAAACGUCAAGAUCUCGUGGUUAGAUUCAAGAAGACAGCAGAUGGUGUAUAUGUUGAAGCUAAACGUAGCGCUAUUGGUGGCGUGGCUCAAGUUCCUUUGUACUUCUAUGGUCUAUUAUUGGCUUUAGGUUGGAAUGAGAUUGUUGCUGGUAUGUCAUUAAAUUAUUUCCCUCAACCCAAAACUUAACCACUAACACUUGUCAACCACAGUCCUACGCAAUCCAAUCUAUUUUGUCUUCCUCAUUCUUUGCGGUGUCGCUGGUUACGUCACUUACACGCUCAAUCUCUGGGGUCCAAUUAUCCGCAUGUUAAAUGCGGCUAGUACCCAAGGAGUUGAGAUUGGAAAGGAAAAGUUGAGGGAAUUCUUGAAGGAUUCUGAGGUGGGAAGACAGGCUUUGGGAAUGCAAGGGAGGGAUGCCGGGGAUAGUGAUUCGAUUAGUUUGAAUACUUUGGAUAGUAGGGGAAAGAGGGUUACUAGAGAGGAAGAGGAUGUGGAUGAGAUUUAGAUGUUUUUAGCUCCUAGGGUAAGAGGAUGGAUGAUGUGGAAUGGAUGAUGGGGUGUAGAUUGAGUGGUGUGGUUAGCUAGAGAUUUCAUAAAAUUAUGGCGUGGUGGAUGUAUAGCGUGAAUGUGUAGGUGGAGUGGAGUGGAUUGGAUCGAAUUAUAUGGCGGGGAAAAAUAAAUGAUGGAUUCUUGGAAGUUGGAGGAUGGAUUGAUGGAUGGAUGGAUGAAUAGGUUCAAUAAUGUCAAUUUUCGAUGAUACCUCUUGAUAAUUAUGUCAUUUUUUUACCUUUUUUUCUUCUUAUUUGACUCCUCCCAACGACUCAA